UGAAGCUCUCUUCCUACUCUCUAUCUAUCUAUCUCUCCAGGAAUGGGAGAUUGUAUCUCUGCCUCGAUUUGUGUCGUGAAUAUAUUCUCAAAGUGGUUAUUCGCUAGAUGGAGUUCUAUUCAAAACCUUCCCGAGAAUCUAGCUUCUCUGGAGAAAGCCAUGGAGGAGCUCAAGGCAAAGCGGGAUGACGUGCGCCAAAAGGUCGAAAUAGAGGAGCAAGGAAGCGAUCGUCUCCAGAGGACUAACGAAGUCAAACUAUGGCUUAAAAGAGUCAGGAAGGUCGAAAAAGAAUUCAAGGAUCUUUCAAGUAAGAAAUCUGUUGAACUUGGAAGGUUUAUUCUUUGUGGAUUGUGCUCUAAGAACUUAAUAUCUAGCUAUCAAUACGAGGAAAGCGUUUGUAAGAUGUUGAAAGAGGUUGCUCAUCUCAUGUCUAAAGGAUCUUUUAAAGUUGUGGUUGGGCCAACUACAACAUCUACUUGGGUGGAGAGGCCUCUAGAUCCCAACAUCGUUGGUCAAGAAAAACUUCUUGCAGCUGUAUGGCAAAAACUCAACACUGAUGAAGUAGGGAUUAUGGGUUUGUACGGAAUGGGUGGGGUAGGUAAAACAGUUCUUCUCGAGCAGAUCAACAAUAAAUUCAGCAGCAGUAAGUCUUCAAAUGAGUUGUUGGUUUGGGUUUCUGUGUCCAUGAAUAUAACCGUUGACAAGAUUCAAGACGAGAUUAGCAAGAUACUAGGUCUCUAUGAGGAGGAGAAGUGGAAGCAGAAGACAGUAAGCGAAAAGGCAAUCAUCAUCUACAACUUCAUGAAGAACAAGAAAUUUUUCUUGUUGUUGGAUGACAUAUGGGAGAAAGUGGAUUUAAAGAAGAUCGGAGUACCUCAUCCAACAAGAGAAAACAGAUGCAAGCUAGUAUUCACCACCCGUUCUAGGAUUGUAUGUGGUUCCAUGGGGGUUGAUCACCAGUUUGAAGUCAAGCUUUUGUUAGAAGAUGAAGCUUGGGACUUGUUUCAAAAGAAAGUCGGAGAAGCUACGUUAGGAAGGCACGUAGACAUUCGCAGACUCGCAAAAGAAGUUGCAAAGACAUGUCAUGGUCUACCAUUAGCUCUGAAUGUCAUUGGAGAGACCAUGGCAUCUAAAACAACAGUGCGAGAAUGGAAGCAAGCCAUAGGCGAUAUGUCUUCUUCAUCAUCAUCAUCAUCAUCAUCAUCUGCCAUAGAGAUUGCAGGAAUGGAUGAGAAUAUCCUCAAGGUUUUGAAGUAUAGCUAUGAUGGACUCAGUGGUAAGUAUGUCAAGGCGUGUUUCAGGUAUUGCGCUCUGUUUCCUGCUGCUUCCGCACUGAAGAAAGUUGAUUUGAUAGAUUACUGGAUAUGUGAGGCUAAUAAUUUGGGCGUCAACCAAAGUAGACAAAGUGCUAUUGGCCAAGGUUAUAGGAUCAUUAACGAGCUUGUUCGCUCAUGUUUGCUGAGGAAUGUAGAUAGUGGACAAUACGUGAAGAUGCACACUUGGGUUCACAAAAUGGCUUCUUGGAUUGCAACUGCUAGUGGAAGUAAUAAAGAAAAGCGUGUUGUGCACGCCAAUGAUGCUGAGCUACAUCAACUACCGAAAGUGAACGACUGGACACGUGUGUGUAGGAUGUUGUUGAUGAACACGGGUCUUGCAAAGUUAUCAGGAGGAAGCCCUAACUGCUCUAGACUCACAACUCUCUUCCUCCAAAACAACCGCAACUUGGUGCAUAUCGCUGGUGACUUCUUUAAGAAUAUGCCAAAGUUAGUUGUUCUCAACCUUUCAUCUACCAAACUCGAGAAAGUGCCGAAGCAACUUUCCGAUUUGAUCACCUUGCGGCUUCUCGACUUGUCGUCCACAAUGAUAGAGAACUUGCCGGAUGGUCUAGAGAAGUUGGAGAAACUAAUACAUCUGAAUCUGGAAAGGACUUCUCGGCUUAAGAGUGUUGUUGGGAUAUCAAGAGUGCCACUUCUCAGAGUGUUGAGAUUGCGUUCUUCCAAGUGUUUGGCUGAUCUUAACACAGUCAACGAGCUCAAGAGCAUGGAACAUUUAGAAGUUGUCACCAUUGAUACCUCCUCAACUACAGCCUUGGAGGAGCUACUAAGGCAUCAUAAGUUGGCAAACUCUGUCCAACGACUGACUAUCGUUGAGGCAAAUAAUCUGGUUUUGUCAGCUACGGAUGGUCUCAUUGACCUCACCAUAAGAAAUUGCUCAACGCUGGAGGUAGAGAUACAGAGGUCAUCAAGCAGCAGAAGCCUGAGAAACUCAAGCUUUGAUAACCUAUCAACAGUGUGUAUUAGUGGCUGUGAUGGUCUUAAAGAGUUGACCUGGUUGUUGUUCGCUCCAAACCUUACUGUGCUUGAGCUUCGGGGUUCAAAUAAGCUAGAAGAAAUAAUAAACAAAGAGAAAGCAGCAGCUCAGCAGAUGCAAGGAGAUGCUCCUUUACAGAAACUAGAAAAGCUUGACCUGAGUGAUUUGCCUAUGCUGAAGCGAAUCCACUGGAGUGCUCUGCCCUUCCCAUGUUUGAGAAGCAUUAAGUGUUAG